AUGACAGAAAAUAUCAAGAACGCAGGUUGCUUCCUCAAGCCGCCGCUUGAUUCGGCAGAGAGCAGGUUCACCUAUUCGCCCGCAUGGCAAGACUUGGCCCGAUGGGGAUACCAGUAUUGCGACGCAACAACAUUAGACGAAUGGUACGGAGAAUUCAGGCUCAACUGGGGUAUUAACAAGGCCCUCCAGUCGAACGAGUUGUCAGAGGUUGACAUUCGCUCUGCGCCACCCACUCGCGUCCGAGAUCAGUUAAACCAGGAAGAUGUUGUGUGUGAUGAUGGUCAUUGGCGAGAUGUUGAGGAGCUUGGGGAAGACCAGAACGCUGUUUUCUAUGUGGCGCAUUGCAAUAUGAACAAGAGGUUCAGUUCCCCAUGUGAGCAGUCUUAUGUCGUAGAUGGAAAGAGGUACAUGUAUACCGGUGCGAGCUGCGCCGUGAGCAUCGAUCCAGAUCAAGGCGUCAUCAUCUCUACGGACCGUAUGAGCCCAACUCACAUGGUGAAGUGCCACGAUGGUCUCAUGGCACCACCCGACCUCGUGCACACAUCCGACAUUAUGUUCGCGCUGUGGAAAGACAUUGCAGGUGCAGACCGCAUCGCGAACUUCCUCUCGAUCUGUAUUGACAACGACAUUUCCGAGCAUGUCAUCAAGGAAGUAAUGCAAGGCAAUAUGCAGUCAUACCCUGGCCUCAUGUUCUCGACCAAAGACCCGGAAGGACAGGCUCUCCUGGGGACGCCGACAGCGGUUGCGAUUGGGUAUCUUUUGGCCCAGCACACGGGCGCUAUGGGGGUCCGGUAUGUGGAUAGCGUUCGCGUCUUCAAGAGCGAUUCGCAGAGUCGGUCUCCAUGUCUGAUGUUCUAUAUCUUCUCCGACGAUGAUGGUCAAAGUGAGGACGAAGAAGAACAGGAGAAAAAGAAAAUGCAGCUGUUGUGA